ACUUUGGUGUGAAGUAAACAACAUGGCUUCUGGAGCAGAUAUCCAACGGCUUGGAAGAAAGCACAUGGAGAUGCUUUCGAGUAUGCAGAAUAUCAGUGCUUCAUCUGGAACCUCUGUGUAUGGAAAGAAGAUUUUGAAAAUGAUGGGGUGGGCAGAUGGUGAAGGUUUGGGCAAAGAAGGAACGGGUAUAAAGGAGAGUAUUAUAGUAAAGAAGAAGGACGACGAGGAAGGAGUUGGUUACAAAGAAGAGCAGAGCAACAAAUGGGGAGAAUGCUGGUGGUUCAAUGCAUAUGACUCUGCGGUGAAGAAGAUCGGUUCAAGUUCGACCGACACUGAUUCUGAGUCCGAUUCAUCUGUCUCCGUUUCGACACCCAAGGUAUAUUCAGAUGCGGAGUUGUUUGCGGCAUGUAAAGGUAGACGAUUAGGAAUGCGAGCUCGAAGGAGUCAGGCAAAAGAUUGAUGAGUUGGAUAACGAAUAGAAGGGGAAAUGGGAGAGAACGGAGGAUGCGGAGACAUUACCCGAGAUAGCGGAGUCGAUUUAUGAUGAGAAGAAGAAGGAUAAGAAGAAGAAGGAUAAAAAGGAAAAGAAAGAUAAAAAGGAUAAAAAGGAAAAGAAAGAAAAGAAGGAAAAGAAGGAUAAAAAGAAAGAGAAACAUAGCGAGAAGAAGCACAAGAAGGAGGAGAAGAAGCACUCUAAGGAUAAGGAUAAGGAUAAGAAGAAGAAGCAAGAAUA